AUGCCACGCCCAGAAACCAAAGAGUCGACGCCGCACCCUUACACUGUUUACAUCACUCUACAGUAUCUACGUACGAUUAACGAACAGAACAAAUAUCACUGGGGCCUCUACGUUACCGAGAACAGAGUCCCCGAGGGCACCUUGUUCCACGCGACUGACCGCGGCCGCCGCGCCUUGGACCUCUACGUAGAGUUCCGCACCGUUUCUGAUCCCAUGAGAUCGAAGACCAUGACAGCUUGUCUCGUUCUUUGCAGAGCGCCGUCAAUCGACACCAUCAAGUCAAUUGCUGCGCAAAUACCUCUCAUGGAUCCCCGACACAUUCCUCGUGGUGAGGUGCAAUGGACAUGCCGUGUGUGGGUGAAGGAGCUCUUGAGUGGUCUGCAAAGACACCAAGUUAUCAAACUCCCCGGAACAAUUGAGAACAUCGAGCACCACGCAGUCCGUGCUGCGGAUACCUUACGAGACCAGGGAGCCACACGACUCAUUAACGAGCUUCAAUGGAUCCUCCCACCACCGCAAGCAAUGGGCAACAAGACGCCUGUGAGAUACUAUGGGCCGUCCCCGAUGGAUACUGAAGUUGAGUACGGCGGUGGGCGUCGUCACGGAUAUGGCGGCCGUUACUAUGGCCCAUCACCAAUGGAGACGGAAGUACACCACCCUGUAAUGCAUCGGCCCGGAGCCGUUGAGGUCCGUCGCGAACGUUACUACGAGCCAUCACCAAUGGAGACGGAAACACACGCCCCUGAAAUGCACCGUCCCAGAGCCGUUGAAGUCCGACGCGAUCACUACCAUGAGCAGCGUCCUACAGCAGGUGACAGAACGUACCAAUACGUCAACGCUGUUCGGCGUUGA